AUGACUGCUAAAAGAAACAAAAAACAGGAUUUUGCACAUCUCGACAAUAUUAAAAAGAUGGAGAAUGAGAAAAAUGAAAUGCGGAGCACAUCCAAAUUCAACAUGAAAAAAUCUGAAGAAUGUGUUCGAGAUGGCAAUAGUGCUAAAUUUGAUUGGCGAUGCAAAUCAUGGCGAUUGAUUGUGCGCAAUUUACCAUUUAAGACGACACAGGAAGAUCUGCAAGCACUGUUUGGCGACAUUGGUCCAUUAAUUGAAAUUGUUUUGCCGAAGUGCAAAGAUAAACGGUUCCCAAAUUCGUAUGCUGGUUUUGCUUUUAUCCAGUUUCAGAAACGUCAAGAUGCCGUGAAGUCCAUCGAGAAAUUAAAUAUGUCUGAGGUACUUGGAAGGAAAAUCGCAGUCGACUGGGCUUUAUCAAAAGAUACUUACGAGACAGCAGUAUAUGAAGAAAAACAGGAGAAUCAAAAAGUUAAGGAAGAAAUCAAACAAGAGAUUGAAUCGGACGAUGGCAGUACUAUUGAGAAGGAAGAAAAGGACAGUAACGAAAUCAAGAAAGAAAUACUGAGCGAAAACUUGUCUGAUGAAGAUAUUCACAAAGCUGAAAAGAAGGAAAAACAAAUUGGACGAGAAUUCAAGGAGGAUAAAGCAGUAUUGGAAGGACGUGUCGUAUUCAUCAGAAAUUUGUCAUACGAAACAACAGAUAAAUCGUUGAAGGAAGCUUUGUCGAAGUUUGGAAACAUUUCAUUGGCAAUUCUUUGCUGCCACGCGGGCAGUGAGCACCCAAAAGGGACUGCUUUUGUGCAUUUCGAAACAGCUGAUGGAGCAGAAAAAUGUCUGUUGGCCUUAGAUCAGGUUCCCGGUAUUUUAAUUGAUGGUCGUCGAAUUUUCGGUCAUCAGGCAUUGCUAAGAAGUGAAGCAGCAAAAAUUGAAAAGGAGAAGCUGUCCAAAAAACCAAAGGACAAACGAAAUCUUUACCUUCUACGUGCUGGUUUUAUACGACCUGGUACAACUGCUGCAGCGGGUAUGAGUGAAACAGAUGCCAGUAAGCGUACACGUUUGGCAGUCGCUGCACGACAAAAGCUAAAGAACCUUCAUAUGUUUGUUUCUCCAACGCGUUUAGUUGUUCACAAUUUGCCGAAGUCUUUAACUGAUAAAGCCUUUAGAUCGAUGUGUUUUAUUGCAGCUGGCAAUCCAGAUGCAAAAAUAAAUGAAUGUCGCAUUUGGAGAGAUAGAAAUAAAUUAAGUGCAUCUGGAGAAGCUGUGUCUCGAGGUUUUGGCUUCGUCAAUUUUUUGAGUCAUCAAGAUGCGUUAUCAGCUAUGAAGCACUUGAAUAAUAAUCCGGAUAUAUUCACCAAGGAAAAGAGACCUAUUGUUGAAUUUUCUAUAGAAAACCUGCUUGCUCUUCGGCUUCGUGAGUCAAGACUGAAGAAAUCACAGCAAAAUCAAUCGUGUAAUGAACAAAUUGCGUGUGCUAAGAAUAAACAGGAUUUGGAGCAAACAAAGAAGUACCUUUCGGCUGGUGGACAGAAACCCCUACCUUCUUAUUUGGGGACUAAAAUUCGAAGAAAAGAUGCGAAUAUGAAAAAAGCUCAAACGAAAGCAAAAAAUGGCAGGAAAAGAAAACUGCAAAUAGGAAUGUCCGAAGCAGUAUCGAAGAAGAAAAAGACAAAUAGUUCCAAACAGCUUACGAAAUAUCUUACACUAUCAUGCUGA